CAUACAUUACAUUGUGAUAUUUUUGUUCUAUGUGUUUUUUUUGUGAUUGUGCAUACAAUGUCUUCAAAAAGUUCUGUUCAAGUCUGCAUUAAGGUGCGCCCGUUCGAUCGAGAGCACUGUUUAUGGCAAGUAAGAGACGGCCGAAUAUAUUUGACAGACGUCCAGGCAGAGCCCUAUGUGUUUGACCAUGUAUUUGAUCAGGAAUCCACCAAUCAGGACGUUUUCGAGCUGAUGGCAAAACAUAUUGUGCAUGCAUGCUUGCAGGGGUUCAACGGCACUAUUUUUGCGUACGGCCAAACAUCGUCAGGAAAAACAUAUACUAUGAUGGGCGAUGAGCACAAUCCCGGCGUUAUGGUGUUGGCGGCGAAGGAGAUUUUUAAUCAAAUAUCACAAAUUCACGAUCGGAAGUUCUUAAUACGGGUCGGCUAUAUUGAAAUUUAUAAUGAAAAAAUCUACGACUUGCUUAACAAAAAGAACCAGGAUCUUAAAAUACACGACUCCGCUACAGGGAUCGUGAACGUAAAUUGUGAGGAGUUCAUCAUAACUACGGAGGAAGAUUUGCUCAACUUCUUGUGCAUGGGCAACAAAGAGCGCACUGUCGGCGAAACACAUAUGAACGAACGGUCCAGUCGAUCGCAUGCUAUAUUUCGAAUAAUUAUAGAAUCACAAAAGUCGGAUGCCGCUGAAGACGAUUCUGUCAUACAAAGCGUGCUUAAUCUUGUGGAUUUGGCCGGCUCCGAGCGCGCCGAUCAGACGGGUGCUCGUGGUGCUCGGUUAAAGGAAGGCGGUCACAUCAAUAAAAGUUUGCUCUUCUUGAGCAAUGUAAUUAAAAAUCUGGCUGAAAAUACGGAUAACAAAUAUAUAAGUUACCGCGAUUCGAAAUUAACACGCAUUUUGCAAGCAUCUCUAGGUGGCAAUGCGCUUACUUCAAUUAUAUGCACCAUAAAGCCCUCAAUACUGGAGGAGUCGCAAUCAACAAUAAAUUUUGCAUUGCGGGCAAAGAAAAUUCGUUUAAAGCCACAAGUAAACGAGAUUGUUUCAGGACCCACGAUGAUGAAACGACUAGAACGAGAAAUAAAAACGCUUAAAGACAACUUAGCCGAAGAAAAGCGUAAAAACGAAAGCCAAGUCAAGGUUCACCAACUCCAGGAAGCAAUCAAACGAGACAUGUUGAAAAUUAUAAGCAGCAAUUCGUUAAACAACUUAAAAAUUCAGAAGCGGCGGCGAACUUGGUGCCCUGCCACUUCAGUUAUAGAUGGUGAUAAAGGAGAAAAGACGCAGCCCGUAACGACUUUUGAAAGCACUUCACGCUUGCAGCUGCCCAAACCAUGUAUGUUUUCGAAAGUUACCCAUCAUAAAAACAACCGCUCCAAAAUCUGCCCCGAGACUAUAUCUGUGUUUAAAAGUUUGAACCUAGAAAACGUUAAAGAAGAAUUCACUCCAAUUGAUCGUGUCGAUUUUGGUUGUGAACCGUCAGAUUUUCAAACACCAAGAGCUCAGGGCCGCAAUAUAAUGUCCAUCUCUUUGACACCGGAAGUGGAACAAAUGGCAGGAAAGAGCUUAGAAAUGGUCGAGAAAGAAUUGUUUGAAUUGCAAAUGUACACCAGCUUGGAAAAGCAAUUAGAUGUGAAAUUUGAUCAAAAUAAGGUCCUGAAGGAAAAAUUGGCAUUGGUAUCGGCACGCCGAGAUGAACUCGAAGCCGAGCGCCUAGAAUACAUACAACUAAAAAUCGAUCUCGAUGUGUGCACUAAGAAUCAAGUCGACUUAGAAACACGCUGUGACCUUCUGCAAGCCGAGGUUGAUAAGCUUACGGCUUUAAACCAAAAGAUUAAUGCGAUGAACGAAAACUACGAAAUAGAAAUAAAUAGACUCAAAGAUUCUAUGAAAGUACUUGAAGCGGAGAAUCGUGAGGCGGUGAGCAUAGAGUUUCAGUAUGAAAGUAAUAAACAAAAGUCAAAGCAGCGAGAAGCCGAACUUUUGGAGGCGCUUUUAGAGAAAGACGGUGCGAUUGAUAGUUGGAAAAAAACGGUUGAUGAACUAUCGAAGAAACUUCAUGAAAGUCAACAACAGAGUGAAAGUAAAAGUUUCAAAGACAGUGUGAUUAAUAAUUUGGAAAAAACUGUUGAUGAACUAUCAAAGAAGCUUCUUGAAAGUGAACAACAGAGUGAGAGUAAAAGUAGCCAGGAUGAGAUAAAUUCGCUUAAGGUCCGCGUUGAGGAGACUCAAUGCAAUCUCGACAGAGUUUCAAGUGAUCUUCGGCACAAAGAAUGCGAGCUGAAUGAAAAGAUUUCAUUUCAUCAGUCAAAGUUUGAUGAACUACAAAGGGAAUACGAUGAUCUCUCUAACCAGCUGCUGGAGAGCAUCCAGGAUGGUGAUUUGUUGCGUGCAAGAUGCAAAAAACUCAGUGAUUUUCUCAAAAAGCAGCCCAUGAAUAUAAUAUGUAGUCAGUGGUGUAAUGGCGAAGCAAUGCCAGGUUCAGAACUCGUUUCUAAUUUCAAUAACAGCAGUUUAUACUCACAAUUUGCAAAGUUCUUGGAAUCCCUUCAUGAGAUUGAACUAGGCGAUAUCGGUUACUCUCGGACUUUUAGAGCUAUCACUGUGAAUGAAAUUAAUGGUGCAGGACAUAAGCUUCACCUAAACUUCACGGAGAAGAUACUUCAUCCAUCGUUUGAUGAAUCGAUCUGCCUAGAAGGCGUGCUGCAACAACAAAAGUUUCAUAUUGUGGAGCUGAGCGAAAAUUCGAAGGUCGGAAUUCAAAGUUUGCGAAAUUAUGUUGAUCAGCUCGAGGCUGAAAUUUUGGAGAAAAAUGUAUUGCUGGAGACCACCGAACAUACAAUCAACGAAAUGAGAGAGCAGAUGACCACGCUAGAGUGUGCGCUCCUUGAAAAAUCAGUUAUUAUUAACAAGGUAGAAAAUUAUCAAAAAAAGAUCGAAACGUUAGAAAAGCAAAACGCAGAGAUGACCAUCGUUUGCGAAGAGCUACAAGAAAAGGUCAAAGAAUGUACCAUGACUGAGAGCCUCGAUUGCUCCAGCUGCAAAGGAGCACCGAAUUGCAAUCAAAGCGAGAUGUCCGAAAAAUUACUCGAGCUGGAAGCUGCGCUUGCAUCAUCCAAAAGUGAACUAGAAUCUAGGGAGAAAGCCCACAAGGAGACAAAAGAUUCCAUCGUUUGGGAAGAGUUACAAUGUAAGGUCAAAGAAUGUACCAUGACUGAGAGCCUCGAUUGCUCCAACUGCAAAAGAGCACCGAAUUGUACUCAAAGCGAGAUAUCCGAAAAACUACUCGAGCUGGAAGCUGCACUUGCUUCAACCAAAAGUGAACUAGAAUCUAGGGAAAAAGCCCACAAGGACGAAUUAAAUACUCAUAAACUGGAAUUUUUGGAGAAACUGGAACUAAGCAAAACUGAAUAUCGGGAAAAUUUGCGUAACUACAACAUGAAGUGGGAGGAGAGCAGGGACCAUUAUGAGCAAACCUUAUCUAAAAUGAAAGAGAAUCUGGCCACAGCUGAGGAGAAAUUACGAUCUUACAACGAGUACCAUUUAAAGUACGAAAAGCUAAAAGAGGAAAAAUGUGCAUUAGAAAGUGUCAUAUCAGAUUCAAAGCUACAAAUUUUAUCUUUAACCACGGAUCUGAAUGAGCAAAAACAAAAAAAUGAAAAAAAAGACGGGGAUUUAAAGAAACUUAAUCAGCAAGUUGAAAUUCUAGAAUUAAGCAAAAAUGAAUAUGUGGAAAAUAUGCGUAAUUACAAGAUCAAGUUGGAGGAGAGCAGGAAUCUUUAUGAAGUAGCCUUAUCUAAAAUAAAAGAGAAACUAGCCACAGCUGAGGAGAAAUUAGGAUCUUACAACGAGUACCAACUAAAAUAUGAAAAGCUACAAGAAGAAAAAUGUGCAUUAGAAACGGUAAUAGAAGAUUCCAAGCUACAAAUAUCUUCUUUAACCACGGAUCUGACGGAGCAAAAACAUAAAAAUGCAAUAGAUGAGGAGGAUUUAAAUAAACUUAAACAGCAUGUCGAAAAUCUGGAACUAGGCAAAAACGAAUAUCAGGAGAAUUUGCGUAAUUAUAAAAUCAAGUUGGAGGAGAGCAGGGACUUUUAUGAACAAACCUUAUCUAAAUUGAAAGAGAAACUAGCCGUAGCUGAGGAGAAGAUAGGAUCUUACAACGAGUACCAAUUAAAGUAUGAAAUGUUACAAGAAGAAAAAUGUGCAUUAGAAACGGUCAUAGCAGAUUCCAAGCUACAAAUUUGUUCUUUAACCACGGAUGUUAAGGAGCAAAAGCAUAAAAAUGAAAAAGAUGAGGAGGAUUUAAAGAAACUUAAACAGCAUGUCGAAAAUCUGGAACUAUGCAAAAACGAAUAUCAGGAAAAUUUGCGUAAUUAUAACAUCAAGUUGGAGGAGAGCAGGGACCUUUAUGAACAAACCUUAUCUAAAAUGAAAGAGAAUCUGGCCACAGCUGAGGAGUACAAAUUAAAGUAUGAAAAGCUUAAAGACGAAAAGUGCGCAUUAGAAACGGUCAUAGCAGAAUCCAAGCUACAAAUUUGUUCUUUAGCAACGGAACUGAAGGAGCAAAAACAUAAAAAUGCAAUACAUGAAGAGGAUUUCAAGAAACUUACAGGGGAAGUUAAAAAUCUGGAAUCAGCCUUAAAACAGAUAACUGCAUUAAAAACUGCUGCAGAAGGCAAAAUUGAGCAACAUGGUACAGAAAGUGCAAGACUUAAUGCCACAAUAUUGUGCCUCUUGGAAGAGAAGAGCAACCUUGAGGAAAAAUUAUGCACGAUGGAAGAUACUAUAAGAAGUCUGGACGCAGAGCUGGUUGCGUUCAAAUCGGACAAAUCUGUUAAGCUUUUUACCGAAUUGAAUACAUCCAACACACAAUUAACGGCGCGCAAAAGUCUCGAUCGAGACGACAGUCUAACGAAGAAAAGACCCAAUACGGAUUCUCAAAUGCGAAGAAGUCGCCGUUUAAGCACUCACGAUGAACGUCGACGGCAAUGCUGGAACGAGUCCUGUGACGAUGGAUCACUAAAUGAUGCCGGAGAAAUGGCCGAACUUAAACGCAAAUUGGAAGACUGCCAGAGAGAUUUAUUCAUAAGCCAAAGCAAAGUAACAGCAUUAAGUAUCGAGCUGAAAAAUCAUCCUCUCAAAGAGGAAACAGCCCAGUUAAAAAAACGCCUUCAAGACGAAAAGGAGAAGCAGCGCAAUGAAUUGAAACGCUUUAAGCAGAAAAACCAUGAACUUAUGAGUAAAGUUAAUGCCCUGACUGCAGCGGCCGCUUUAUCUACGAAUGCUGCGGACGUAUCGUGCCAUCGAGUCGUUGACAAUUCCUCACUAGUCACUUCUGGAACACAGACAGAGUCUGAUCUGGAAACGGCGCACAAAAAGCUAACAGAGAAAUACGAAGAUAUGCUGGAAGUAUGUCGUUUUCGUUACAAUAUAAUUAAAAAUCAACAGGAGCAGCUGAAGCAAUUUGAAAAUAUUGAUACUUCCAAUACUUCAUCGUUGACGGCGGGCCAGAUAUGUGCCCUAAAGGCCCAGUGUGAUCGGCAGAAAGCAGAACUAUCAGCCCUCACUGAGAAGUACGAUAUGGCAAAGAAAGCACUUAAGAUGCGUAAAGUUCAAGUAGAGGACCUUCGAAAACAGAUGGCCGACCCCAGUGGCACCCACUCUUCGGAAAUUAUUUUGAGAAACAUUUAUUCAACCAUUGUAAAAACAUCGCAUGCUAUCGACUACUUAUAAUUAUAACUCCGACAUGCUCGAGAAAUCGGAAUUUUCGUACAGCCCUAAUUCUUCAUACACAU